AUGAGCAUGGGCUUUACUGUUGACACCAUGGACAUACCCAUCCCUGACCCACUGGACUUGACUGAAGACUACGCACCGGCUGUCAGACGUGCACUCGGCGCUGAUGGAAGCGCCCAUGCACAGAUUCAUGCAUACAUAGAAUGGACCCCCGUGGGUGCGGCGUUUGAGUCGAUCCGUGCACCGUAUUCACCCCCUGUUCGCCCCAAACCCCUCAAUCGCCAGGUGCCGUGGGAAAGGAAAGAAGCACGAGCAGUGUUCAGAGGAAAAACGACCAACUUUGACAUGCUGGACGGCAACUGGGGCGCGAAUCCUCGCGUGAGGUUGCACCGGCUCUCAGACGUGCACGCUGCACUGAUGGAGGCGCACAUCAACGCGUGGAGCCACGCGAAGCCAGCGGUGAUCAAAGCGAUGGCGGAGGACGGGUUGUUGCUGGCAAAAAGGAUGAACUUCACUCAAUUCAACGCGUUCAAAUACCAGGUAAGGAGAGUUGUAUCUUAUGAGAGUCUCAGCUGUACUGGGGCAGCACACACUCAGAGGCUGUCCGACGUGCACUCGGCGCUGAUGGAGGCGCACAUCAACGCGUGGAGCCACGCCAAGCCAGCUGUGAUCAAGGCCAUGGCGGACGAUGGGUUGCUGCUGGCCAAGCGAAUUAACUUCACCCAGUUUAACGCGUUCAAGUACCAGGUACAGAGCAAGGUGGGGAGAGGGAAGGGCUGUUGCCACGCCAAGCCCGCGGUGAUCAAGGCCAUGGCGGAGGAUGGGUUGCUGCUGGCGAAGAGGAUGAACUUCACUCAAUUCAACGCGUUCAAGUACCAGGGGCUGUCAGACGUGCACGCGGCGCUGAUGGAGGCGCACAUCAACGCGUGGAGCCAUGCCAAGCCCGCAGUCAUCAAGGCCAUGGCAGAGGAUGGUUUGCUGCUGGCGAAGCGCAUGAACUUCACCCAAUUCAAUGCGUUCAAGUACCAGGUGAUCGUUGAUGGGGGAGGCGGCAGCUGCAGGACGUGCGGAGUGCUGCGAUCCAAUCAGCUGAGCAUCCGGCAGGAGACUCCCUUGUUUCAGUUCUAUGAGCCGCUGCUAGAAGAUGGGGUGCACUGGCUGGUUACCACCCGCACGUUCUCCGAUCUGCCUGCCAAGAUUUGCUGGGCCCAAGAGAACGACGACGCAGCGCAGCGGCUGGUGCAUGCAGCGAACCACAUGGCGCAGUAUGCCUGCACGUGGAGUGGCAGGCGGCUGCACUGGGGGGAAUGUGAGGUGGCUCAAGAACCUCUCUCCACCCCUCUCUAUUCCCCUGCAACUCUCAGAUUCUCCGACCUGCCCGCAAAGAUCCGAUUCUCCGAUCUUCCCGCCAAAAUUCGCUGGGCCCAAGAGAACGACGACGCAGCACAGCGGCUGGUGCAUGCAGCCAACCACAUGGCGCAGUAUGCCUGCACGUGGAGCGGCAGGCGCCUGUACUGGGCUCUGCUGCUGGUCAAGUACCAUGACGUGUUGCAGGACCCCUCUGCUGUGACUGAACCCACCGCCAACGAGAUCUGCACCAAGCAGUGA